UUGACCUUGCAGGGGGCGUGGCCUCACCUGCACGCACCUGGAGCGCGGUACGAGGGCAGCUAUGGCGAGAGAAGUCAGGGUUGGGGGUGCUGCUACCCAGGUGAGCUGCGCGUGCUGUUGCUGCUGCUCACCACCCUUUUGUGAGGAGGGGGUAGCGGGUGAGUGGGGGUGGUGAGCGAGGCAGCAGGGUUUACCGGCAUCACCCACGUCGCCGCAGGCUCGGCUAUCCCGUCAACACCACCACCACCAAACCAACCAUCAACCCUCGGCAUCGUCACCUACAGCGGCUAGCGACCUCGUCCCAUCGCGGCGGCGUCGCGAGAGGUGGCCAACGAUCAAGGAGGGAGGCACGCGAAGGAUGUGCGACCCAACGCAUUCCCUCCGCUUCGCGACGCACGACAACCCCGCAGCGAUGUACCCAGGCCACGUGGACGCGCCAUGGAGCGUGCAAGACUUCGACAUGACCGCGCCGCUGCUGCUAUCACCACCACCACUAUUACCACCACCACCACUAUUACCACCACCAACGCAGCAGCAGCAACAACAUCACCAUCAUCAUCAGCAGCAGCAGCCGCUGCCGUUCCACGCUGCGUCGUCCCCGCUGCUGCUUCUCGACCCCGCGGGCGCGUCCCCGUGCGCGUGCCCCACGUGGCGCGCGCUACCGCCCGCGCGCUGGGACCGUGGCCACGUGUUCGAGUGGGUGGCGUGGCACGUGGAGGGCGCGCGCGCCGACGCCUCGCGCAUCCCCGCCGAGGCGCUCGACGUGGACGGCCCCGCGCUGCUCGCCAUGAGCCGCGAGCGGAUGGAGGAGGCCGCCGGCUCGGAGCAGCUGGGCGCGCGCAUGCACGCGCACCUCGCCGACAUGGCGCGCGCGUGCGCGCACCGAGCGGAAGCGGAGCACAGCGACCCGAGCGAGCGCCACCCAGCGACACCCCCAGAGGCUGAGCUCCCACGGGCAGCCCACCCGCAGGGAGAAGGCGUCAAGGCAGAAGCCGUGGGGUUACAUUGCGCACAGCGCAAGCACAAGCAUGGCGGGUCUCGGGGUGCGCUGCUCUGGGAGUUCCUGCGGGACCUGCUGCUGGGCCAGGCGGAGGGCGGCAGUGCGGGGCUGCUGCGCUGGGAGGACCGCCAGGCCGGCUCCUUCCGAUUCGUGCGCGCCGGGGACGUCGCCCGCCUGUGGGGGGAACGGAAGCGCAACCCGGGCAUGACCUACGAGAAGCUGAGCCGCGCCAUGCGCUACUACUACAAGCGCGGCAUCCUGGAGCGGGUGGACGGCCGUCGCCUCGUCUACCGCUUUGGCAGCAAAUCGAGCGGCUGGAAGCCCGACUCGUAACGCGGCCUCGACAGCGCCCACUCGACCCUGGCGCCUGGAAGCGCGUUCACACCUGUGGGUCAUCGUAGUCGUCGUUAUUUGUUGGUGUUGUUGUUGUUGUUUUAUGGCUGUCAAACUGUCCCCCCCACCUCCCUGUCCCACCCCUCCUCGUGUUUUGUUGUGAUGCGUGUACUACUGUAUUGGUUGUUGUUUGACUUUGUGUUGUUCCACGUCAGUAAUGAUAUCUAAACCGUGAUAUCAUUGAAGGUGGUGUAGGAACAAUGUUCUGGUUGUCUCCCCCCUUGACAACCACCAUGAGAUUUGUUUUAAACAAGUGUGUCAAAGAACAAAGCCUUCUUUAAAACGGGGCUUAAAACCGUUGCACCUUCUAUUGUAGACGUAAUAUAUUUUAAAGAGGUAACUAACUACGGAGCUGUAGUGUCUGUGAAUGACUAAUAGUGUCUGUGAAUGACUAAUAAAGAGCGCCCCUACAGCGUUAAAUGUUCGAGACCGUGGGAGUAGCGACGAUGUGGAUCAGGGCCAGAGAAGCCGCGAUCUCUACCAGCCUCCAAGGUGCCACAGUGAAGAGAAAACUUAACGACUGAAGCCCUUCCUGACAUUAUCGUUCGAGGCCGAGUUGGCCUAGGGGAGAGCCAGGACAGAUUGAGAUCAUCGUCACUGGUGUUGACCGUGAGCGGAAAUCGAACUCUGGUGGCCGGGUUCGCGCUAAACCCCGUUGCACUAACGAUCCCCCUUACAAAGCGUGUAUAUAACACACACGCACAUGCAUGUACACACACACAUGCAUGUACAUACACACAUGCAUAUACAUACACACGCAUGCAUACACAGACACAUGCAUACGAGUGGAUGAUCCUCACGAGCUGAACAACUCAGGGUUAUAACGAGCACUCCGAUUCUUGAAGACAAGUCACAGUGCGACUGUGGCCAUGCAAACCAAACUGUGGGACCGGAUCGUAAACUCAGAUCCAGAGACAUACAACUACAGACACACACACACAGCGAUAAAUACUCAAACAGACCCCACACAGAUGUAUUCGAGACAAGCCAGUCGUGUGAUUGUGGCAAUGCAACCCAGACGUACAGUGAAUAUAAAGACAAAGCCAGUGGUGUGAUUGUGGCCAUGCAAGCCAAGCGAUGGACCGUACCAAGCGAAGCCACUGCGGUCCACGCUCCUUCAACGGUGGUGGAGGCGUCGGGGCCAGCAAACCGACACCGACUCGCUCGGAGCCCUUCCCGCGAGCAGCUGCAGCAAACAUCGGCGACGUCGUCGUCGUCGGCGGCGGCGUUUCGCUCCCGAACCAUUUCGCUGGGCGCUUACGAGCAACUUGGAGCACUUUUAGUGCGAACUCUCCGAGCACUGCGAGCACGUGCUGAACGCGCAGUAGCGGUAACAAUGUGAACGCGGUGAAGUGACAUUGAGCCACACAGACCUAGAAUUAACAUCUGGCGUUCAGUAAUAAUAAUAAAAAGACAAAAAUUAUCAGAGUCUCUUUCUCUCUCUCGGCCAAAUUGGCUUCCGUGUCUUGUCUAGAUUUUCACUUCGCGAUGGUCAAAAAUGCUAUGCAAAUGUUUUAUUUAAAUGAUAUACGUUAAAAAAUCUCUCAAGAAAAAUGAUAAUUCACCUUGCUAUGUUGUUCACGCGCCACUGCAGUUUGUGAUAUUUUCUUGUUUUCCAUUUAUAUGUAUUGAGUGAAUAAUAAUGAUGAUGAUGAAGAUGUCAAUUUGUAACGAGCCGUCUGCCUCUGGUAUUUGUAUUGAGUGAAUAAUAAUAAUGAUGUCAACUUGUUACGAGACGUCUGCCUCUGGUAUUUGUAUUGAGUGAAUAAUCAUGAUGAUGUCAACUUGUUACGAGACGUCUGCCUCUGGUAUUUGUAUUGAGUGAAUAAUGAUGAUGAUGAUGUCAACUUGUUACGAGACGUCUGCCUCUGGUAUAUGUAUUGAGUGAAUAAUAAUAAAUGGUGAUGUCAACUUGU